AUGAUAGCAUUCGCCAUGGGCCCGCUCUCGAGCCGCCUUCAAACCCUCUGCUUAGCUAACGCCACCGCCGCAAUUUCCCGCCUCUCUCUCCGUGUCGUUUGGCUAAAAGACGAGGGGAUGCUCUACGUGCCGCCCAGCGAGAUUCUUUUGGGCGGCGGAGGGGGAGCGAGCGGGGGAAGCGCAGGGGGAGGGAGCGGGCGGUCAAGGGGAAAAUUCGCAUGGGGAAGGAGAGAGGCGAAGAGGGGGGCGGGAGGGGAAGCGACCAUGGAGGGGGAGAGAAGGGGAAGCGGGGCGAAAGGGGGCGGACGGGGGGGCGGGCCGGUUGUGAUUGAUACGGGGGGAGCGCUGUCGCCCGUUACAGCCACGAGAGCGUUUCUCGCGCACCCGUUUGUGCCCAAGACGGUACGGUUGAAGGGCGUUAAGGCAAUCAUGAGCACUUGCAUCUCUCUCCACGCCCACAUUGCCCCUGCGCUCCCUCUUCCUCUUCAACCUUUCCCCCCCCGUGUUCCCGCCUCCCUCCUACAUUCUCCUCCGCGUCCUGCGCACCUCUUCCUCCCCCACCCCCCUCCUCCCUCCUCCCCCCACAUUUCCCCCGCAUCCUCCCCGCAUCCUCCCCGCAUCCUCCCCGCAUCCUCUCUGGGGCGCAAUGGGAGGUCGCCAUCCCUCCCUCCCCCUCGCCGCCACACUGCCACCCCCUGCAUUUUCCCUCCUCUCUUCCCCCCCUCGCAACACCCCCGCCCCCCCUUUCUUCCUUCCGCCUCUACCGCACCAAAUGCGCUUUGGGCAAUGCGCUUUGGGCAGUGCGGGCGCAGCAGCGCAGUUCUCGACCCCUCUGAAGCGGGGCGACUCGCAGCGCUGGACCCAUCUGAAGCGGGGCGACUGUCCCUGGUCUGGACGUGUGGGUACCCCCAUCCCUCCAUUAGCCCUCAGUUCCGUGCUUCCACCUCCCUGCAUUUCCCCCCCACCACGCCAGAUGCGCUUUGGGCAAUGCGCUUUGGGCAGUGCGGGCGCAGCAGCGCAGCGCUGGACCCCUCUGAAGCGGAGCGGCUGACUCUGGACGUGUGGGUGUCCGUGAGAGCGCUCAACCGCACCAACUUCGAGAAGGUGGUGGGGUGUCUAGUCUUGGAGGAGUUCCACCGCUGCUACGCUCGCCUGCAGCCAUCAGAGGCAGUGAGAGGCAUUGUGGAGUCCACCAAUCUUAACAUGACACUUGUCACCCAGAGCACUGCCGUCUUUGUUGAUCCGCCCUCCGACCAAUCAUCCUGCUCCGGCUGCCCGCCGGGCAGGCAAAUUUCCGACUGCGCUGCCCGGAGCAUCGCGAUGGAAAUUCUACGCCGCCCGUCAAUCGAACUCACCAUCGCUUCCCAAGACCCCUCCCAUCCCACCGCAAUCGCCGAUUUCUUCGACCCGAACCGUGCCCCUUUCAUGCCCCCAUCGGCCGAGUUUAGAGCGGCCAGAUGCACCGAACCUGCGAUAAAAAAGCUCAUGGCCACGCCGGGCCUGAUGGAUGCCAAGCCUGGUUCCCCUGCCGGACCCGGCAGGCCGAAGCUACCGGGCACGCCUGGUUCGGAGGGUCAAAUGGGUGGAGGAAAGGGUAUGGGAGGAGGAGGGAGUGGAGGGGGAGGAGGGGGAGGUGGGGGAGCGAAGGAGAGGCAGGGGUAUACAAAUGUGAGUGUGGAUGAGUUGGUGAAGGUGAUUGCGGUGGCGGCAGAAAGGGGAAAGGAGGCGAUUGGUGUGGUGGAGGAGGCGAGGAGAGUGAAUGCUGGGGUAGUGGAGAGAGCUAGGAGGGUGCUGAUCGCGUGCCAGCAACACGAGGUGAGAGGCGAAGGAGGAGGGGGAGUGAAGAGGAGGCACGAGUAUGCGAAUGUGAGUGUGGAUGCGUUAAUUAAGUUUGCUGAGCUAUUUCUUCUUGCCAACACCCAAGCCAUGUUGCACAUGCGCCCGUCACCACCAGCAGACUUCAUUCACCCCAUGCCCCUCCCUUUGCGCCUCCCUAUGCCCCUUCCUGCCCUCCCUUGCUCCCCUCUCCCUUCUCUCAUCCCAGUUCGCCGAGCUACUACUCCUCGCCAACACCCAGUCCAUGCUGCACAUGCGGCCAUCGCCAACACCCAAGCCAUGCUGCACAUGCGGCCAUCGCCAACAGCCAACUUCACUCAACCCAAGCCCCCCUUAUGCCCCUUCCCUGCCAUCCCUUUCCCCCCCUCUCUCUUCGCCGAGCUACUACUCCUGCCCAACACCCAAGUCAUGCUGCACAUGCGGCCAUCCCCCGCAGCGGGCUUCAUCCGCGCCCGUGCCCUUCCCUUGCCCUCCCUUCUAUCCCUUUUUGUUGUGCAGUUCGCCGAGCUACUACUCCUCGCCAACACCCAAGCCAUGCUGCACAUGCGCCCGUCACCAGCAGCAGACUUCAUCCGCGCCCGUGCUCUCGCCCGCAACCCCUCCUUCCGCAUGCUGCCUCCCGUCUGCCACGUACCCCCUGUCCCUCCCAUCCCUCAGCAACUCUUUGCGAAAUUCUUCGUGGUUGAACCAUCUCUGAAUUUAGCCUACUGCGGUCUCCCCAAGGUCGCCUGCACCAGUUGGCGCAUGUGGCUGCGAGCCAUGCUGCAUCUGCCCAAGCCAGAGGACCAUCUCCUCGCACACAGCUACGAGGCCAGCGGGCUGGGGGACCUCUCCCAGAAGUUCACCGAGAAAGAGGCGACGCGAGCGAUGACAAGAAGAGGGCUGUUCAAGUUCACGUUUGUGCGGAAUCCGUUUUCGAGGGUGGUUUCGACUUACCUGAACAAGCUGGUUGUGACUGAUGCCCCUGACAGGACCAAAGGAUGGGGGACGAGAGAGUUUUGGAACAAGGAACUAUUUGGAACCGUACAGCCCUUCUUUGACCUGCUUAAAGACCCAGCCACGCAGCUCGUAUCGUUCCACGACUUUAUGCGCUUAGUGGAGCACCUUAUAAGGGGGCAGAAAUCCCUAGAUCGACACAUAACCCCGCAAGUGGAUCUCUGCGCCUUGGACCACAUACAGUACGACUACGUGGGGCACUUCGAAAACUUGGAGGACGGGGUUCGUGUGGUAACCGCGCGUUACAACCACUCGAAUAUACACCUGUUUAAGUUUGGAAAAGAAGCACAUGCAACCGGAACAGAUCUCAAGCUUGCUCGGCUAUAUGAUGCGGAGACAGUCCGACGUGUCUCCAAGCUGCAGCCUGUCUAA